UGUCUUUUUUUACAGUUUAUAUCCUGAUAAACUGUAAGGCCCUUACUCAUUCGCGACAUUUUGCAACAUUGACCUUGUAAUUUUACCACUGAUGUAGCUUUAACAGUGUAAUGUAUUUGGUAUUAUUUAAAUGUUAUUUCAUGCAAUAAUCAAUAAACACAUUUAACUGAAUUAAAUUAAGUAGUUUGCACUUCACUCAAUGCCAACCACAAACAUAAAAUAAUUUCAAUAUUUCACGAGUCUCAGUUGUGCUUUGCUUUGUAAACCUCUGCGCACGAGUUUGCUAUAAAUCACACUUCCUACGAAACAAUUUGAAGGCAGGCUCGUUGUACUGAAGUCGCCAAAAUGUCUGAGGAAGAGUGUGGCGUCUCCAGGUCUAUCUUCCCAGCAAUCAGAUAUAGAGCUCUUGACUAUGUUUGUGAGGCUUCUACCAGGCAGAAGUUGACGAUGCACUUGUUCGCCCUCCCAAUGCCCUAUAACCUAGACAACAGUGACCUUUACCCCCAUACUGGAAACCUCCCUGAGGUAACCUUCAGGAAACCGUGGAUUAGAGGGAAUGUAAUAUCAACCUGCAAACUGUCAGUCAGUGGAUCGGUGCUUGCUGACUUGGGAAUUAAUGGUCAACUAGCAGACUCAUUGGAAAAUCUGAAUGUGAAGGUUACCCAAACAAAGGGGGCUGCUGUGGAUGUGAUAUCGAGCUCCAAUCCCAACUCCCAGGUGCUGGACAGAGAAGAGGCCUACUGGUUCCUACGAGAGGCUACAGAACAGGGGAUUUCUCUCUGUCGCGAAGUCUUCAGCAAGAGCACAGAAGUGCUGAUGGGCCAGAGACUUAUCGACGAGGAUCUCCUCGUACCAGAAGAAGUUCUGUUUGUCGAUCCCUUGCCCCAGUUCAGGAUGCACCUGCCCACGCUGAGGGCCAAACUAGCCAGGCUCCGGACCCUCCCUGUGCCAGACCCCCUGCUCAGCCCCACAGGGGGAUGCCUCUCGGAGGACACCAUGCUCCUGCAUUGUGCAAGUUAUGAGGUACCUCAUGAUGAAGAGCCAGAGAGCACAGAGACAUUUUCAAACACUGAGGAAGUGUUCAGUAAAGAAAUAGUGUCGAUUGAAGAGUCUCUGCUGCUGCCUGUUGAGAUGGACCUCUAUACGCUCAAGAACGAAUAUUGCAUUUCUUUUCCAAACCCCCGCAAUGUACUGAAUGUUACCCAGGAGUUGAUGGAUGAUCGUAUCUCGUGGUUGGAUCUACAGUGUGCAGACACGCAUCCGUCUGUGGAUAUAUCUCAGUUUGAAGUGCCAAACAGGCCAGGCACUUCCUGUCCCUAUACACCCGAUCUCAGGUCACCAGCAGGCUAUCUGAUGCUUCCUACGGAGUUAGAGAUGGACCUGCCCCUGACCCCAGCUCCUAAGAUCAGCCUGUCCCAGAUGGGUCUGUCUCCCGCCAAGAUCCCAGCUGAGCAACUGUCUCCCGUCUAUAGGAAUUGUUUCGUGUCCGAGAGAGAGCAGGAGGAGAUGGAGAAGACUCUGUGGACGGCAGAGAGACACACUCAACUAGUUCUGGGAUUCCUGCUGACAGAGCCUGUGUCGUCUGGACCUGCCGUCCGCUUCCAGCCCCUGACCCAGGCCUUGACACUAGUUACCACUGGCCAGUCGAGCUCUGUUGACAUGGAAACGGAUCCACCAGCAGUCUCACCAGCACUGUCCGAAGGGCUGACUGGUUGCCAUGACUUCACUGAGAGCAUGAGCUCUGAGCAUGCUCGUGUUAUUGAUGCUUUGAGGGAUGAGAUGGAGGAUUUCACACCUUUGUCCCCCAGCCAUAUGGACUAUAUCCUGAAUGAGUCUAUUGACGAUUCCGCUCGUUCCGGGCCAUCCACUAAGGUCAAAGCCAAGUCCAUGCCGAAGACUCCGCCUCCUCGAACACCUCAGCCUCACCAGGAGAGCCAAUCAGCUGCAGGCGUGAUUGCAGGAGGAACGGCAAUCUCCUCCAGCGAUGACGUUAUAAACAAGGCUGUGUCUGAUUUCACUGCGCUCCUCUCCAAUGACAAAGCCAGUUCUGCAAAUCCAGCUGGGAGUUCAGUCUGUGUUGGCCCUGCCUCCCAGGAGAAAUCCAACCAGCUAAUCAGACCUGGGAGAAGGGAUGAUAUCCAGCCGAUUCAGGGUGCCAGAUCCCCCCGACUCACCCCCACCCCUAGGCUCACCCCCACCUCUAGGCUCAUCCCCACCCCCAGGCCCUGUGUGGUGGACCGCCGCAGGAGUGUCCCUCUGACUGGCCCUCCAGAGGGCCUGGACCCCCUGUCCAGCUUCAUGAUGCUCAGGUCCCUACAGAGAGCCCAUGUCCCUGUGGUGCCUCAGAGCUGCUCCAGCCCCCCAGUUCCUAAGGCGAGCCAUACACCACAGCCACCUGUGAUGGAACAGAGGGUGGACCCAGAUGCCAAGCCAGCCUAUGAGAGACCCGCAGUCACAGGAAGUGAAAUCAGAGUCCAGGAAACGACCAAUAAAAUAGCUGAUGACAAACACGACAGCAGAGUGAUCGAGGUUCAAGCCACAGAGAGCCAGUGGCGUGCGUUCAGCGAGCUGAGGACUCUGGCCCGAGUGUGCCUGUCCAGGGCUGGGGACCUGGGCCUCAACACAGCAGCCUGCCAGGACUUCCACAGCCUGGCUCCGGACCACUCCCGCUUCCUCCUCAAGCAGCAGGAGAAGGAGCUCAGCCUGGGACCGGACCACGACCGCGAGGAGAUGUAUAACCAGGCGGCUGUGAUCCAUGUCCUGGUGACGGUGAAAGAUCUGCUGCUCAAGUGUGACCUCGACACUGCUGUGGACUUCCUGUCCAGGGCCAGUGAUGUGUGUGUGGGCCAGGACCAGGACCAGGGUCUGGUGCCGCUGGGCCGGAGGCUGCAGGUUCUCCUGUUCCUCAGCCAGAGGAACCAAGAACCUAACCCCAAGAUCCUGGAGAUGCAGGAGCACAUAACCGCCUGGCUACAGAACAGAAAGAGCCACAACCAGGCGUCCAAAGUUCUGGUUAUUGUAACGUCAGGGUCAGACCGUACUAGAGCCAUGAUCAUCAAAGGCCUAACCCAAGCCACAGGUCAGACUGUAUCUGCUUUGUGUCCCGAGGAGGGCAGGAAGAAGCUGGAUAAAGCCAGAGUGUUGAACAGCCUGCGCGGCAGCAUGUGUGUGGUGGUGUGCGGCCAGCACGUGGGUGCAGACUUCCCCUGGCAGAGCUUGUCUCUGGUGGUGGAGUACGACCCCACGCCGCCCUCCCCCUGGGCGCCUGUCUGCCGGGAGAGGAACAUCUGCUACCUGACCUUCCGCACCAGCCUCCACAACACCAAUGAUGAUCCAGAGUCUUGGUCGCUGGAACAGAAGGUUCCCCAUACGGUGUUUGUGACAGAAGGCCUGCUGAACUGUCCCCUCCUCCUGCACCUGCUGGAGUCCACGUAUAACAUGACCGUGCUGGAGAGGAGCCCCUCCCAGUCGUUAGAGAGACUAGGAGGGACUCACCACUACGCAGUGGUCACCGUGGAUGAGAACACUGCCGUUGUCAUCCAGGAGCAGGACGAGUUGUGUCGAGGCCGGGCCUGUGAGGAUGUGGUGUUGAGACUGACUGCUCUGUCUCUGCAGUACAGCUGCUGCUGGCUCCUAAUCCACUGUCCAGACAGCCAGGGAGGAGGGUUGACUAGUGAGGGCUUCAACAACCUGGUCUUGAUUUACUCCUCUCUGGUCCUGUUUGGCCUGAAGUCUGAAGAUCUGGAUGUUAAGGUCCUGAUCGUGCCAGAGAUGGAGGAUAUAGCCAGGUGGAUCUGCCAGAUAGCCUUCCGAACCCUGAUGUCCAGUAAAACUGACCCCUUUACCUACCUCAGUAGAGAAUGGCUGUCUGUGAUGCCCUCAGAGGAAGAGAAGUGUCUCCUGGCCUUCCCCUGUGUGAACCCCAUGGUGGCCCAGCUGUUGCUGAGCAGGGCCCCGUCCCUCCGGUGGCUCCUGGGGGCCCCUCUGCCCCAGCUACAGGAGCUGCUGCCUGAAGUCCCCCUCAAAGUCGUCAAGCUGUUCAGCGAAACCACAUCCCUGUACAAGCCGACCACCACCCCCUCCCCUCCAGAGUCUCGCCCCAAUGUUCCUCAGACAGCCCCCGUAACCCCCAGCCCCCCAUGGAUAACCAGAGACCACCACCAGCCCCAACACCACCAGGCCCAACACCACCAGGCCCAACACCACCAGGCCCAACACCACCAGCCCCAACACCACCAGCCCCAACACCACCAGCCCCAACACCACCAGGCCCAACACCACCAGCCCCAACACCACCAGGCCCAACACCACCAGGCCCAACACCACCAGCCCCAACACCACCAGCCCCAACACCACCAGCCCCAACACCACCAGGCCCAACACCACCAGGCCCAACACCACCAGCCCCAACACCACCAGCCCCAACACCACCAGGCCCAACACCACCAGGCCCAACACCACCAGCCCCAACACCACCAGCCCCAACACCACCAGCCCCAACACCACCAGGCCCAACACCACCAGCCCCAACACCACCAGCCCCAACAUCACCCACAAACCGACCCUGGAGCCCUGGACUGCUUCCUCCCCAGCUCCCCCUGUGCUGGGAGCGUAGCAGGAGGGUUCCACCUGUACGACCCUGUCUCAACCACGGACGACCAUGCAGCUCUCCAGGUGGACUUGAGCCACCCCUUCGGCUCUGAGAGUUCCAGCGUCCGGCAGAGUUGGCGGAACGACAACCCCUGGGGGGGGGGGGAGGAGGAAGAGGAGGAGGAGAGCGACAGGGAGAGGACUCCGGAAGGAGGAAGACAAGGAGAACACAACUGGAGGGGCGGAGAACCUUGGUCUAGACACCGCGAGGUCUACGGAUCCCAAAGAGAACCAGCCGACCCAGGCGCCGCGAGCAACCCCUUUCAGCACGCCUCCUCCGGCUUCAGGCUUCAGGAGCCAGCCUGCCCCACCAGUCCCAGCUUCUUCUUCCCCCACGGCCACAGCGAGCACCAGCACCCAGGGAGCAGCCACUACCUGCCCCUGACCUCCCCCAGGAGGGCCAGGCGGUGGGCAGGCAGCCGGGGGAGUCCCUACUACGCUGGUGGUCAGCGGCGAGGCGGCCUGGUGGGAUCCCCCGGAUAUGGGAAUCAUUUCAGGACGGGCCAGGAGAGGAAGAGGGUGACGGCCGGAGGAGGAAUGUUCAGUUCAGCGUUGACACCCGUGAAGCGAGGCAAGCUCAGCUAUGAGAAGGUUCCGGGACGAAGCGAUGGCCAAACCAGACUGAGGUUUUUCUAGAUAGGACAUUACCACAGACAGGAGCAUAUUCAUGUCAAUGGUGUUCUUUAUUUAAACUAUUUAACCACACAUUGUUUUGUAAACAAAUAAUACGAUGAGCUAUUUCAAGUUAAAUUAAGCUAGUAUGCUCUCCAAGUGUUGUAGUUAUUGAUUCUAUGUCGUUUAAUUUAAAAAUAAAUGAAAUGUAUUUAU